GACGAAGAAUAUUUGCCGCGAGUAGAACUAAGAACAAGAAUACAAACAAGUCAACAAUGGAGGAAAGAUCAGGGGAAGCACAAGCCACCUUUCCUUCCCGUCGACCCCAUGAUUAGAAUUUGCCAUCUCUCCUUCCCCCACCUCCAAAAGAAAAUUAUUUUCCCCAAUUCCAUUUUCCACACCCAUAUCUCACUUUUACCAUUCUCUCUCUCUCUCUCUCUCUCUCUCUCAUCUUUCUAUCUGGGUCCGUCCAUGGAGCUCGUAAACCCGCUUCUUCCUCCUCAUAAUGAUCAUCACGACCUCACUCCAAGACCUAUUCCCUCCACUUCGCCCUUCCCGGCGCCGGAAUCCCGGCUUGGGUUCGGCCGGACGAUGUCCACCCAGUUACCUGAUAUCGCGGAAGAAUUGUCCCUUGGCACCAGUUCUGAUACUACUUGCUCCCCCAAGGUUUAUGUGGCGGUGGGCAAAUCCUUGGAGAAAUCGGCUUCUGUGAUUCAAUGGACCUUCAAACACUUCACCGGCCAUCAAGUUUGUCUGCUUCACGUCCACCGGCCCUCUCCUCUCAUUCCGACUCUCUUGGGAAAAUUGCCAGCACAUGGAGCGAAUCCUGAAGUAGUGUUGGCGCAUAGAAGGGAGGAGAAGCGGCUGAUGAGGCAGCUUUUGGAGCGCUACCUGGCUAUUUUCCGUCGAGCAAAAGUUGAAGCAAGUUACAUUUCUGUUGAAUGUGAACAAGUUCAAAAGGGAAUUCUAAACUUGGUGAACCGGGAAGGCGUCCAAAAGCUUGUUAUGGGGGCUGUACCUGAGAAUUGGCUGAGGGUUAAGAAGGGCUCGACAAAGGUGGAUUAUGUAGCCAAAGAAGCUCCCAUAUGCUGUCAAAUUUGGUUUAUCAACAAAGGGAACCUUGUCUGGACGAGAGAAGCUUCGGAAGGGCCACCCCGUUUUCAGAUACCAGAGCAUGCAAAUGCUGGAAUUUCUGUGGAUCCGAGGUCCAGAUCACUUCGAUUGAGUACUAAUAAACCACCUACCAAUCCAAGAUUUAAGCGUUCUUUUUCUGGUAGUGGAAUAACAUGUGCCAGAGUCAAUAACUGGGUCCAGAGUGAUUGUCCUGAAGUACCAAUUGCAUCUACUUCUAUCAACAGAGGCUUGCCGCAUUCUCAGGCCCUUCAUUUUUCAUUCAGUCCGGCAACAAGUGGUAGUUCCGAGUCGGGGUCUGCUUCUGCUGAAACAAGGGUAUCUUCUGAUUAUGAUUCAAAGCUUGACUGGGAAAGCUUAUGUUGUCAGCUUGAGGAAAUAAACAUAGUAGCAGAACUAUCAAAGAGCACAGCAUCAGAGGAGUUGUUGAAGUGCAAAAGAUUGGAACAUGAAGCUCUUCAAGCAGUUGGCGAGGUCAAAAUCUUUCAAUCUGCACUUGCACAUGAAAUGGAACUUAGAAGAGAUGCCGAAGAUGCACUCAGGAGAACACGCGAGGAACAACAAAAAGUCUUGGAAGAGAGACGACAACUCACUAGAGAGCUCCAAAGAACAAUGAGAAAUGUUGCCCUACUCGACAGUUGUACACAUGAGGCGAAUAUUAGGCGUGAUGAAGCUGUUACAGAAUUGAGACUCGUUCAAACAUCUCUUGCUUCCUUGCUUCAGGAAAAGCAGAGAAUCCGUCGGCAAAAGAUGGAAGCUUCACAUUGGCUUGAGCGAUGGAGAAGCCAUGGCCAGACUGGGGCGGCUACAAGAUGCAAUGGUUUUCUUGGCUAUGUCGAAGAGUUGCCUGACUUGGCAGAAUUUCCAUUAACUGAUCUGCAAACUGCAACAUGUAAUUUCUCUGAAAGCUUCAAACUUGGUGGAGGAGCAUAUGGUUGUGUUUACAAGGGUGAAAUGCUGGGCAGAACUGUUGCUAUAAAGAAACUAUGUUCACAAAACGUGCAAGGCCAAUCUGAGUUUCAUAAAGAGGUUGAAGUUCUUGGAAAACUACAACAUCCUCAUCUUGUGACUUUACUUGGGGCAUGCUCGGAAGCAUGGUGUCUUAUAUAUGAAUAUCUGCCAAAUGGGAGUAUCCAGGACCACCUCGUCAGGAAUAGUAACAACAACUCAUCCUUGACAUGGGCGAUACGAACCAGGAUGAUAGCUGAAAUUGCAAGUGCCCUCUCUUUCUUGCAUUCUGCCAAACCAGAAAAGAUUGUCCAUGGUGAUCUGAGACCUCAGAACAUCUUGCUUGAUUCUGAGCUCAGUUGUAAGAUAUGUGAGUUCGGCAUCUGCAGGCUAGCAUCAGAGGACGACCUCUACAUCCCAAGUUUUCGAGGAAGAAGUACUGAGCCAAAGGGUGCUUUCCCUUACAUGGAUCCUGAGUUCCAGAGGGUCGGGGUUCUGACACCCAAAUCCGAUAUUUACUCCUUCGGUGUAAUCAUUCUGCAGCUCCUCACAGGGAGGCCUCCGGUUGGAUUGGUUAGUGAGAUGCGACGGAUGCUGUCCUGUGGCGAACUGUCCUCCAUUUUGGAUCCUUCUGCUGGAGAAUGGCCGAUGUUUGUGGCAAAACGUCUGGCCGAAUUGGCACUGCAGUUCUGUGAAUUGAACAGUGGAAACAGACCUGAGUUGUCACCUGCUCUUGUGAGGGAAUUGGAACAGCUUCAUGUCUCAGAGGAGCGGCAAGUGCCAUCUUUUUUCUUGUGCCCCAUUCUUCAGGAAAUAAUGCAUGAUCCUCAAAUUGCAGCUGAUGGAUUCACAUACGAGAGUGAAGCCAUCCGUGAAUGGCUACGAAAUGGGCACGAAACAUCUCCAAUGACCAAUCUGAAAUUAAGUCAUCUUAAUCUAACUCCUAAUCAUGCUCUCCGUCUCGCAAUCCAUGAAUGGCUCUGCAGAUCUUAAAUCUGCCUUUUUUAUUUUACUUGUAAUCUAACAUUUCUUUUGUAAUAUAACCAGGCUUCCAUUAGAUCUGUAGCUACAGAAGUCAUGGUCACUUCUCAUUGUAAAUAUGGUGAUGCACAUACAGAAGUCCUUCCCAAUUCCCAUGGCUUUGGUCUUCUAUCAUAUAGAAGGAUUGCACAUUGUAUGUGUCUAUCUUGUAUGAUCAUGUAAAAGGGUUCGAAAGCUACCCUUUUUGUCUAUUUGGAAUCACAAGCCAUUAUAGCUCAAUCAUUUGACAUUCUGGUACACAAUUCGACACACAUGUAGCAGUUCUUGAGAGUGUUGCUAGUAUUGGGAGACGGAAAGCAAUCAAUCCACUGAAGGUUU